CUCUCCUCCCCUCCGCUUGGCUGCCUUAUCAUCGCUUCCUUAUUGCCAAACCUGCAAAGACAGGGCUGUACUGAAUGCAGCGUAAUUUUGACCCAUGUUCCAUUAGCUGAGCGGCCCUGAGGGCACGAGGCUUCCGCGCGGGACUGUAAUGCUACACUGUCCUCCCUCUCCGGCCACUUCAUCCUCAGCAGCGCAGAGCUAUGGACCUCAAACCGUAGUGCUCUUCCAACACAGCGUAUCUGCAGUCACCUGCGACUCCAAUAGGCAAUCAAUAUUGAUAGAGUAUUGUUAAGGAUUACAGCCAUAAGGCGGUACGUCGCGGGGGGGAAGGCUGGAAUUAUGAAGCGCGGUCAACAUGUCUAAGGCCACUGUUAAGAAGCUGCACUGGCGCUCGAAAGUGCAGGAGAGCUUCGUCCCACUGGGCGGAGCCUCGGGGGAGCUUGGUGUGGCCAUUGGAGGUGGUGCAGAUUAUGGAGAAUUCCCAUUUGUUACAGCAGCACCUGGGGGUGGAGCCACUGUUGGUGACAUCAUUUUAGAGAUCGGCGGUACACCUGUCCUGGGAUUGACCUUGGGAGAUGUGAGAGGGGUUCUGAACUCAUGUCCACAUCCAAUUCGGAUCAAAACCGUUUCACCAGGCUCGACUCUCUGCAAGGAUCUGAGACUUUACCUGAGCAAGUGUUUUACACCCGGAUCCAUGGACAGCCAACUCCAACAGGUCAUACGAGAGAACCUCUACCUGCGCGCCGUGCCCUGUACGACCAGGCAACCACGGGAUGGAGAGAUCUCAGGGGUGGAUUAUAACUUUGUGUCUAUCGAGGAAUUCUUCUCCCUGGAAGAGUCUGGAGCCCUGCUGGAAAGUGGGAAGUUCAAAGGGAACUAUUAUGGCACACCUCGGCCAGUCCACAUCGGUCCUGACAGCCCCCCCAUUACAUACCAGGAACACCGAAAUCUCCUGAGGAACUUCCGUACCCGUAGCAAAUCACUCAGCAACCUGGAAAAGGCGGUGGAGGAAGGAGACAACAGUGAGGAAGACUCUGGUCUUUCAGCGGGGUCUGCAGGAGCCAGCAGUGCCCCUCCCACCACCAUUGUCUCACCUAAUCAGACUUGGGAUUCAAGCGGUGGGCGGGAUGGAGGGGUUGCCAUGGAGAACGGAGCACGUGGAGGGGCAUUGCCUGAAAACUGGGAGCUGGCGUUCAGUGACACGGGUGAACCCUAUUACAUCAACCAUAACUCAAAGACCACAAGCUGGCUGGACCCAAGGACUCAGGGCAAAGAGAUUGUCAGCAAGACAGAGUUACCUGCAUUCACAGACCAACCAUCUGAACUGAAGGGCUAUUCCAUACACACCCGCCUGUCGAAAGGGCCUCGUGGGUUUGGCUUUAACAUAGUGGGUGGCAGCAGACCUCGAGAGUUCCUGCAGGUGUACAGCGUCACCCCUGGAGGCCCGUCUGCACUCAAAACAGCGGACAUCCUAGUGUACAUCAAUGACUCAUGUGUGCUGGGUCUGUCCCAUAAAGAGGUAGUGGAAAUGCUGAAAUCCGUCCCCAUGGGUCACAGUGUGGACGUGGUUCUGCGUCGAGGUUAUCCAAUGCUCUACAACCCUGAUGGCUGUCCCAAAACCAGCCUCUCCUCCACUUCUGACCCAACAGGCACCAACCCUACGGCCCCUGGAUCUGCUCCAUCCCAGGUCCAACAUCCUGAUGGACACCAGCCUGGCUUGGUGAACUUAAACCGCUCCAUGUCCCACCACAACAACUUUUACCCCCGCAUGCAGAAAGAGUCUUUGGAUGCUAAUGGAAACACAGCACCCCAGCUUUCAUACGCGAUGGCCAAUGGAAAUGGAGUGGGAGGGACUAUAGGGAUGGGGGUGGUGAAUUCUUCAAAUGCCCCUCCUCCAUCAGAGCGGAUGAGCUCCAGUCAUAGCGAUACGGAGGUCUGCUCUGUUGUCACGCGCAGAGCUUCUCUUGUCCGAAGCUACAACAACAACACUCUUCCAGCUCCUUCUCACGUCCAUCACAGUUCUAAGUCUUCCGAGAGCGAUCUCUCCUCUGCUGCGCUCCCGCUGCCCCAGCCUGAGGUGGGUCCUACCGUCCCGCCUGGAGCGCCCAACACUCAGCGGCCUCCAAUGCCCCAAACAUCUCUUGCUGUUGCACCCCCAACCGAGCACCCACCCUGUGGUUUCAAUGGGUGUCCAGCCAACAAUCCCCCGCGACCUCUUCCGGGUGGCCUUGGGUCCCCCGGAGCCCCAGGUGGGGUAGGCUGCGGGGGAGGUGGUGAGCUGGUACCUGUGGCCUUGGGCAGGAGUGAGGGAGGGGGUAUGGGUUUCAGUGUGACGGCUGGGGGGCAGGGAGGGCAGCUGGCGGUGGUGAAGAGAGUUUGGGACAGAAGACAGUGCCACUCCCUACAGCCAGGGGACGCCAUUAUUAAAAUCAAUGGCGCUGAUGUGCAGAGUCUCAGUUUCGCACAGGUGCAGCGAGUGCUGCAAGAACAUACCAAACAGGGUGAGGUGGUCUUACUGGUUUACAGAGGAGGUUCUCUUUGUUCCCCAGGCUCCCCGAAUGCCUAUAAGAGACCUCCUCCCUCCCUGGGCACCCCUGAUCUGACCUCGCCCUCCUCCGAUGGUGCUGUGCCCAGCCAGAGCACCCUCUCUCCCUCCUCGCCCUGCGCUGAUCUCCCCAAUCUGGUCCAAAGCACCAGCUUCCUGGACUCAGUGCCUGUGACCCUGACCCUAGAGCCCCGGGACUGGAUAGGAGUUGAGGACGGACCUGCUCAGUGGAGCCGUACUGCUCCCUCUAAUCUCGGCGCAGUAUCCAAAAGCCAUGUAGAUACAAGGGGAGCUAUUUCUUCCAGAGCAAUGGAGGUGGAGUUGAGACGGAGACCAGGAGAAGGAUUUGGGUUUGUCAUCGCAUCCCAAGACGUAAUGAAUGGAACCUCGUCUCUAGUGUCUCACCGGUUUGUGACGGUGCGGCGGGGGAGCCCAGCAGCACGCAGUGGUCAGAUCCAGCCGGGGGAUCAGCUGGAGGCGGUGGAGGGCAGAUCAGUGGUCACACUGCCUCACAGGGACCUCGCACAGAUACUGCGCAGAGCCGGCAACACACUCAGACUCACCAUUAUACCACGCUCUCACACUAACAAUAAUCUACCUGAGUACCCAGACUUUGAUGCUGAGAGUCGGUUAAGAAAAGGGCAUCGGGCUAAGCAAAAGGAUUCCCAGUAUUACAGUGUUGAUCUUGAGAGGGGUCCAACAGGGUUUGGUUUUAGCUUGCGAGGUGGAAGCGAGUAUAAUAUGGGUCUGUACGUUCUCGGUCUGAUGGAGGGUGGACCGGCCUCACGCAGUCAGAAAAUGCAGGUGAGCGAUCAGCUCGUGGAGAUUAACGGAGACAGCACAGCUGGGAUGACACACAGCCAGGCCGUGGAGCAGAUCCGAAAGGGAGGAGCCCGGAUACAUCUCAUACUGAAGAAAGGCAAUGGAUACGUAGCGGAUUAUGACCAUGAAGCUGGAGCCGUUUCCCCCUCCUCCCUCUUUUCCGAGGAGGCUACAGUGGAUCGCUCUCUUUCGAGGAGCAGCAGAUGGGUGGAUGACAGCGGACAAGAGAGGAGAGAGAGGAGGGGGAAGGAAAGGAGGGAAUCAGGAGGAAGGAGCAGAGGAAGAGAAGCAGAGGAAGGCAGCUCCCGGUCAGCAGGAAGAAGGAGAGAGCAACAGAUGCGUUCACGGAGUUUACCCGGCACUUUGAGGAGUCGAGAGGGGCCACGGAGAGAAGAGAAAGUGGACGACACGCGAGGAGAAGGAAAGGGAGAAGAGGAACGACGACGAGGAAGGCAAAAAAGUAAUAGCGUUGGAGAGAGAAGAAGAAAAGUGAAGGAUGCGAGUUCAGAGAGAGAGAACGGUCUCCAAACAGACAGAGAGAAUGAGAGAGGGAGCGUGAGAAAAGAAAAGAGGGAUCACAACAGAACCAGCACAACAGAGGUCACACAGCGCACACCUUUCUCCUUCCUCAUGCCUUUGGAAAAUGACGAUGAUGCCGAAUCCGUCCACAGCUUCUCUGAAGUCAGCGUGUCUGCAGCCAGCAUAGCAUUCUCGGGGACUCAGUGGCCCCUGGACGCCAUCAGCCCUCUGCAGGCUCCUGGAUCUCCGACAACAUCCCCGGGACCCUGGCUAGUCCCCAGCCCUCACAAACUCUCUCAGGUUUUAGAGGGGAAAAUGCUGAGCCAAAAUAAGGGAGGACUGUGGUCCUAAUGCUAUUUCCUUUAAAGGGAUAGUUCACCUAAAAACCUAACCUCAUGACAUUCCAAUUCAGUAUGACUAUUUAGAGGAAUUUACUUAAUAGUUACACUUCUUAAUGUGAAUGAAUGGGUACUGAAGCUUUUAAGAUUCAAAAUAAGAUGCAAAAUAUAUGACUCGUAUACUAUAUUCCAAGUCUUGUGAAGUCAUAUUAUAGCUGUGUGCGAGAAACACACAAACUGGUUUAGGCCAAUUCUUUUUUUUUUUUGCGAAUCUAAUCAAUUGAUUAAAAAAAAGAAUGAUUUAUGCAUCUUUGCUCAUUUUAUCAUAAACACUGCAAAGAGAGCUAGAGCAGAUUUCAGUGCUGUCCUGUUCAUGAAAUUGCGCUGUUGAAAAUCAGUUACUUUACUAGAAAUCCACACCAUCUGGAAUUUAAUGGGAGCCCGAAAGAUUUCGCUAUGCUUAUUUUCCAUCGACCUUAGUCAAGUUGCAGCACUGAUCACCAGAAACCUGCUCGGGUUUGAAAGUGAAUUUUGUGUCAGCCGUGUUUACACAAUUCUACACUAUUUAAAAUAUACAACAGACCUUUUUUUGCAUGCAAAAUUUACACUAAUGUUAUUAUGUGAAUGCACAUUAAAACCAUAGCCUUUUAAAAUUUCUCCUUUUUGUGUUUGAAGAAAGAAAAUAGUCAUACAGGUUUGGAAUGACUUGAGUGUUAUUAAACUACAAAUAUUAGCUUUUUUGGAGGGGGGUGUAAACUAUCUCUUUAACUUUCUCUUCUCUGCUAUCUCUUUCACGCUUGCUCUCUCUUUCUCUCUCACUCUCUCUCUCUCUCACACACACACACACACACACACACACACACACACACAAAAACGCAGACACACAAUCUCUCUCAUCCAACCUCUCCAGCUCUGUCUCUAUAUAUGUGGUUUUCAGUACACCACCCCAUCUGUUUCUCUUCCGUCUCAAAUCCAUAUCUAUAUAGUACUAGAACUGCGGUACUGGUGUCAUCCAGAUACUGCACAAAUCUCUCACCCUGGCCAAUCACUCCUUGAUUUUAUCGCCAUCCAGUGGCCAAGGAGAGAAAAUGAGCAAAUGCUGCCAUUAAGCUGUGGCUAGCAUGACAGUAACUGCAAGGUCAGUUAGUAUGCGUCUAUGAUUCAUGAUGUCCUUCAUAGCAUGCGUCUUUUCAUAAUCAUUGACAUUUUUAUUUAGCAUAUUUUCCAUUUAUUUUCGUAAGAAUGCAACAAAAAUUCUAUUAUAAAAAGGAAAAUUUAUUUAAGACACGGUCACUCAGUCGUGCCCCUGAAGAGCUAGAUUUCUUAAAGUAAACUAGAUCGAAUAUGGAUCUUCAGGAGCAGGGCUAAGCGAUUAAAGAGAUUUUUUUAUUAGCUGCUUGCUGUUUGUGACUGGACUGUAACCCCUCCCCUGCUGUGUGCGCGGUGGUCUUGCUGUUGAAAGAGGGGGGAAGGAAGAUAACAGAACUAAAGUUUUAUUAUAAGGCCAGUGAGCCGUAUCAAACCUCUCCAGGUGCCUUCUGCUUCUUUAGCCAGUGUUUACCAAAAAAAAAAAAGAGAAACAAAUACAAGUAAAAGAACAUAAGACGUAGCAUAGUAGAAAGUGUGCAACACAAUACUGUUCUGCCUCUUUAACAUCUAUAUCUUUGCAAGACUUGGUUCACAAGUUGGGGAAAAUAUUCUGCACACGCUCUGCGAAACUUCAGCUAAGUGAGUCAAAGUGAAAGAGAGCCAUUACAAGUGCCUCAUGCGAUAUUCCUUUAUACGAGACAUAGACUUCCCUCAAGCUGAAAAUCAGGACCCAAAGUUUUGAUUUUUUUCCCAUUGUGAUACUUUUUUGCAUUUGUAUGCUUUCCGAAUCAGUAUUUCAGACCCAUUUCAUUGCCCUUAACAUUUCUGAGAAAUCGAGAAAAAAACAAAAACGAAGGCCUGAUCGGUCCUCAUUCCAAGCCCUCCACCAAUCAGCAUCGAGCAUCAUCGGAAUCUUCAUUUCAGGAGACAAAAAGGAAAAAAAAACUAAACAAAACAAAAAAAACCAAGAAGAAGAAAAAGGGCAUUUUGAUACAGGUCUUCUAUGCAUUUUGUAAGACUUACUGAUCAAAAAUUGCGGUAGGAUUUUUCUACCUAAGAUAUGAGAUUCGUAAUUUUGUGUACUGUUAAAAUACACAGGCAGGUUGGUGAAUCGAAAAUUUAAAGGAGAUCCGGUGAUAAUCAGACAUGCUGUACCACCAGCUUAUGCAUCGAUCUUUACCUCAGAACUGUCUGAGCAAUAAGUGCUAUCUCUUUCUGUUCUGUGUCAUACCAAGCUAAGCUCUAGGCAGGCUCAUCGGAAAGCUGAGUGCUAGAAAUAUGCACAGUAAAAUCAUCUGUGAUAAAUGAAUUCAAAUAAAAUGCAUCCCCGUAUACAUACAAGAUGAAAUACUAUUUUAUUGCGCCCAUCUGAAUUGAUUUAAAUAUUCUAAAGACAAUUGAAUCGGGCGGAUUUUAAAAAUACAAUCGAACAUGUUAUAAUUUAUCACUGGUGGCGUUUACUGUGCUGUAACAUAUCAAGAAAUGCUUACAUAGGAGAUCACAUGCCAGUUUCGUUACCAUUCACAGCCUGUAAGCAUUUAGCAAUUUGCAAUUGGAUCGAUCUUAAGUGUUAACACUUUAAAUCAGGGCUUCUACAUGAGUAUUACAUCUGAGGUGUCAUCUGACGUUCACUGCUCUCAGAAUCCUCAACCAGCCUGGGUAUUGAUGUUGACUUUGUACCUGAUUAUCCCAUUGGCAUCAGCACGUACUGUACAGAAACUGGGAUGAGCCUUGUAAAUGUUUAGUUUGGGUUUAUUUUUGGGAGGGGGAAGAUUUAGUCGUUGUUUUUUUUGUUUGUUUGUUUUUUCCAAAAACAUUCAAACUGUAGCAUUUCCCUUACUGUAGCAGAUCUUCUGAGAAAACAAGCUUAUUGUAUAUAAUUAUAGACAUAUCUGGACUUUUAUUUUUUUUUCCCCCCCAAUCUCACAUAUCAGAAAUAUACAGCACUGUCGAGUUAUCCUGAGACAGGUGCAGCGUUUUAAACCGAGGUGCCCACUGGCUUGACGAGAAGCUUGAUAUAUAAAAUGAUUCUUAUAAUUCAAUCUUGCAUGUCUGUAGUGAGUAUACUAGUUUUAAUAGCACUGGCCCUUACAAUGAAAUUAAACGUCCCCAUGGCAUGAUACUGUAUUCCACAGCCCAGGAGGCCAAUUGCAAUGUUUUAUACAACAUCUGUUGCCAGUUUCAAAUUAUUCAAAUCGUGGAAUCUGAUCUGACAGCUUGAUUGCCCCCUAGUGCCCACUGUGGUUUUUGCACACUCUGACCGUCUUUUUAUAUUCCUCUUCAUGACAUCUUCAACAACAUAUUAAAAGCAAGAUUUAGAGACACAAAGACCACAAUUACGUAGUCCUCAAAAAUAAGAAUUAGCAUGCCCACUGAACAUGUGUGCUCCAUAUAGGUGUCCUUGUACUGGAGACAGUUUAGACCCUUAGGUGUUCAGUAGUCAGAUGUAGUCUCAAGGUCGAGCCAUACUCUGAUAUAUGAAUACAGUGAUGCAAUGUUUUUUCUUGUUUUGUUUUUUUUUGGUUGUUUUUUUUGGUUUUUAUUAUAAUAAUGUCCGCAAGGUUCCUAUCAGUGCAAAUGUGCCAUUUAAAUGCUAAUCAAUGAUGUCAUACUCUUUCCCUCUACCGAGAGAAAUGCAGAUGGGCGCUUGGCCCUCUGAGUUUGACGCUUUUAAAAUGUCAAAUCACAAACGGAGUGUUUCAGCUUUGAAUUUUCAACUUGAAUUUGCUAUAUUGGCCUUGUAAGGAGUCAGCCAUUGUACAGAACAAGAACACUUUUAUUUGUAAAGAGGAAUGAAAAGGAGAUGUUUUUAUAUCUAUAUUCUAGAAAUAUAGGAUAGAAGGCGGCAGGGGUGUAAAGUGCUUGAGCGAUUGUACUCCGUUAUUAGAAUUAUUAUUUGAAACUGAAAAUUUGUAAGAGAAAAAGCCAUUUGAAAUUUGAAUAUGCCAUAUGAAUAUGUAUUUGGCCUUAUUGAUAUUACAUGCACUCUUAUUAUAAGACUAAUAUGACUGAAGUGAGAAAACUGUUGGCGAUGAACCGGUAAUGAUAUUGUUAACCACAGCUACUAAAAAUGUUUUUCAUCAAUAAACUGAGAUAAACUGAAAUAAAAUAAAAAAUUAGAUGAAUUAUUUACACUUGAAACUAAACAAUAAAAAUUGAAAUGUUGCAUUGACAACUAACCUAAAUAAAAUAAGCAUCUUACUAAAGUUACUUUAACUAAAACAAAUAUAAAGAAUAUAGUAAAUAAAUAAUAAUAAUUUAAUAACAAUUUAAUGAUAACUUCAGGCUGGCUUUUUUUUUUAAUUCGAACACACUGAUAAUGCUAAAUUCUGUGUAGCUUAUGCAGAAACUGAAAUGAGAAAAUCUCACUUUUUCAUUUUAUUAAAUUGCUUUCAUGUCUCGUCUAUUUCUAAAAAGACGUUUAAAUAUAAAGUACAACGUGCAAACUUUUGUACUUUAAUUUGAAUACGUUAUUUUACUAAUUACUCUAAACAUCUGACACCGUACCCAUAACUUCAGCAUAAUUUCUCAAUUCUUUUCACACCCCUGCGUGCCAGACAGCUCGGCCCACGAUAAUGAAAGCAGAGGACAUUCUGUCAUAUAAAGGAAGUAGAGAACCUCUCUAAGGCAGCCGCCCGGUCUGAAUUCUUGUGAGCUCUUUUCCUUCAUUGGUGCUGAUCCUCCAACUGGCUGGCUGCAGUCACUGUUUCGCUUUCCCCCAUUCAGUGCAUACGGAGGUCGCCACUUGCAAGCCAGCGGAAAGCAGUUAAAACUACUUCAAGUGUUCAGAUGGGGCUGAAAAACUCAUUCUGACAGCUCCUGUGUAAAGGUUGUACUUCCUUUAUAGCAUAAGCGUCCUCUCCUUCAUUUUGACUUAGCGUAAACAGGACUCUCAAGUAUAGAAAAUGAGGAAGCAGGCAGCAGUGUGUUGCAGAUUUUUACCUGCCGGGUCUGAAGUCCUCCAGACCUCGAGUAGCCGUUAUUUUAGUGGCGUCCUCUGCAGGGAAGAUGCUGAGUGUGUAAAUAGCAGUCCGUGAGGGGACACCUUGAACACAGAUGUACAGGUUUUUAAUUGUUGCUCUUGAUAUGUAUGAAGAUACUGUAUUGUUUUUGAAUGCAUCAACAGGGAGUUUUGAAUUAUGAAUAAUGACAUGCAGUUACAGAAAUAAACUGAAUAAAACUGAAAAA